CUGCCUCUCUAUGCUACCCCUGAUACAGGGUGUCCUGAAACAUGAAACUCAAAGCGGAGAUGUGGAAAAUGGCACUCAGACAGUGUGUGGCCGGGUGAUGCCCCAAAGCCGUAUUGUGGGGGUGCCCCAAAGUCGUAUUGUGGGGGGAACAGAUGCUUCUCCUGGGGCUUGGCCGUGGCAAGUCAGCCUCCAAUAUAAUGGACAGCAUGCCUGCGGAGGGACCCUCAUCAGUGCUGACUGGGUGCUGACAGCAGCCCACUGCUUCUCCAAGGCGUCAAAACUAUCUCACUACAAAGCAAACUUGGGGAACCACCAGCUCUUGAACCCAGAACCCAAUGCUAAGUGGCUGAAACUCUCCCAAGUGAUUGUGAACAAGCACUAUGCUGGAGAUGGGACCAGUGGAGAUAUAGCUCUGGUUCAGUUAGAACAUCCCGUACGCUUCACCCAAAGCAUCCUUCCAGCCUGUCUCCCAGAUGCCAAGGUCCAGAUCCCAAAUGGCACCCUUUGUUGGGUGACAGGAUGGGGAGCUCCACAAUAUGGAGCUACCCUCCGGGCUCCCAAGACCCUGCAACAGCUCCAGCUGCCCUUGAUUGACACAGGAUCCUGUGAUGUCAUGUACCACAUUGGCAGUGGUAUCGCCCCAAGUAUCCGACAGAUUCAGGAUGACAUGAUGUGCGCUGGCUAUGCCAAAGGAGAGAAAGAUGCAUGUUUGGGUGACUCCGGAGGUCCCUUGGUCUGUCAACGGGAUGGUGCUUGGUUUGUAGUGGGCAUUGUGAGCUGGGGUGAAAUGUGUGCCAUCCCCAACCGCCCAGGCGUCUACACCCGUGUUGGCUUCUACGAGGACUGGAUAAAGAGGCACUAUGCAGGAGCUCAGUUCGGCCUCGUGAAUGUCACUUAUUACCGAGACGCUUCAUCUGCAUUGGCCUCCAGCCUUGUCCUCAAAGAGUUCCUGCUACUGCUCACUGCCUCCUGCCUCACUGCCAUCCUUCUGACAUAGAGGGAUAUGAGUGUGUUCCAUUGUUUCCCUCACUCAAACAAAGUGUUAUGGAAAGCAAACAAAC